CGAAACGAGUUAAAUAGAUGAACUAGUUUAUACAGUUCUGAUGGUUCAUUUCACUGAAUAUUUGCUUUGAACUUUUCCGUUCCGGAACGACACAACUCGGGAACUACAAGAAUGACGGAUUUCCAGUGGCCUUGGGAGUAUACCUUUCCGCCCUUUUUCACAUUACAACCGCACGAAGAAACACGGCAACAACAACUAAAUGUUUGGUCUGAAUUAUUUCUUAAAUACCUGAAACACUUAAACAAGUUCACUGUAAACAUAAACGAAGGAUCAUUUCCACUGUACUACAAUGAAUCUCUUAAUCGACGACUGUCUCCAUCUAUGAUAUUGCAAAUUCUUCAAAAAUUACAAAGCACAGGACAUGCCCAACCCUUGGACAAAAAACGUCAAGAAUGGCAAGUAUAUUGGCAUACGCUGGAAGAGUAUGGAAAUAUGAUUUACGAUUGGAUACAAGAGACCGGGCAGACAGGAAGUGUAUGUACACUCUAUGAAAUAGCAAAUGGAGAGUCGACGGAAGACAAGGAAUUUCAUGGUAUUGACGAAAAUGUUUUGGUGAAUGUUUUGCGGCUGCUGGAAGACAAAGGCAGAUGUGAGCUCAUAGAAAUGGAUGGCAGUUAUGGUGUCAAGUUCUUCUAGUUGAUUUUAUAAGGAGAUUAGUCAUUGGUGUAAUUAAAUGUUGAUGCAUUUUUGUCAUAUAGGUACAUCAUGUCUAAAAAUGAUCAUAUAUGCUAUUACACACACAUUUACAUUGCCUUGUUAUUAUUUAAUAAAGAAAAAUAAUAUACAUAGUUAAACUUUUAAGUUUUUAAACAGCUUAAA